UGGAUUUAAUUCUGACAGCAGAGCUGUAAGGGACGAGCGGGAACGAAAGCCUUUUGUCAAGGAGUGGCAGCCUCUGUUGUCUGUGAUUACCACUGACGCGGAGAAGCUGCGCUGCUGGUGGAAUUCCAGGCAGCUCUGGCCAGUGCGCGGCCGCAGGAUGGGUAGAAAACAGUGCUCUGCAGAUUAGCUGGGUGCAUUUAUCAAGCAGCUCUCCCAAAGAAAGCCAGCCAACAAAACAAGCCCCCAACCACCCGCAGCCGAAGACCAGAGAUGGAGAAGAUGCCUUGCAGGAGUUUCUACCCGGAUGUUUGAGGUCCUAUAGAUGUCAUCGAGCUGGGCAGUGGAGCAGAGUGUGCAGGCUGAGUGCUGAGAAGAGGCAGCCUGGGGCAAGGCUGCUCUUGCCUCCUGGGAUCCAGGAGUGGACUGCAAACCCGCAAGGACGAUGAGUGAAGAGGCCGUCCCCGAGGCCGCCUCCCCGCCGCCCGCGCAGGGGCAGCAGUACUUCGACCGCUUCUCUGAGGACGACCCCGAGUACCUGCGCCUUCGCAACCGCGCGGCCGACCUGCGGCAGGACUUCAAUCUGAUGGAGCAGAAGAAGCGCGUCACCAUGAUCCUGCAGAGCCCGUCUUUCAGGGAGGAGCUGGAAGGCCUCAUCCAGGAGCAGAUGAAGAAGGGGAACAACUCCUCCAACAUCUGGGCCCUGCGGCAGAUCGCGGACUUCAUGGCCAGCACCUCCCACGCAGUCUUCCCAACAUCUUCCAUGAACUUCUCUAUGAUGACGCCCAUCAAUGACCUCCACACAGCCGACUCCUUGAACCUGGCCAAGGGGGAGCGGCUCAUGCGGUGCAAGAUCAGCAGUGUCUACCGCCUCCUGGACCUGUAUGGCUGGGCCCAGCUGAGUGACACCUACGUGACGCUGAGAGUCAGCAAGGAGCAGGACCACUUCCUGAUCAGCCCUAAGGGAGUCUCUUGCAGCGAAGUCACAGCCUCCAGCCUGAUCAAAGUGAACAUCCUGGGAGAGGUGGUGGAGAAGGGCAGUAGCUGCUUCCCUGUGGACACCACGGGCUUCUGCCUGCACUCGGCCAUCUAUGCUGCCAGACCCGACGUGCGUUGCAUCAUCCACCUGCACACUCCAGCCACGGCCGCGGUGUCAGCCAUGAAGUGGGGCCUCCUGCCUGUGUCCCAUGAUGCCCUUCUGGUGGGGGACAUGGCAUAUUAUGACUUCAAUGGUGAGAUGGAGCAGGAAGCUGAUCGGAUCAACCUGCAGAAGUGCCUUGGACCCACCUGCAAGAUCCUGGUGCUAAGAAACCAUGGAGUGGUUGCUCUGGGUGAUACUGUGGAGGAGGCAUUUUAUAAGAUCUUCCACCUACAGGCUGCGUGUGAGAUACAGGUGUCUGCUCUGUCCAGUGCGGGGGGUGUGGAGAACCUCAUUCUGCUGGAGCAGGAGAAGCACCGGCCUCAUGAGGUGGGAUCUGUGCAGUGGGCAGGAAGCACCUUUGGGCCCAUGCAGAAGAGUCGGCUGGGGGAGCAUGAGUUCGAGGCCCUCAUGAGGAUGCUGGACAAUCUGGGUUACAGAACAGGCUACACCUACCGCUAUCCCUUCGUUCAAGAGAAAACCAAACACAAAAGUGAGGUGGAGAUUCCAGCCACGGUCACUGCCUUCGUGUUUGAGGAGGACGGCGCCCCAGUGCCUGCUCUGCGGCAGCAUGCCCAGAAGCAGCAGAAGGAGAAGACCCGCUGGCUCAACACGCCCAACACCUACCUGCGGGUCAACGUGGCUGACGAGGUCCAGAGGAGCAUGGGCAGCCCUCGGCCCAAGACCACAUGGAUGAAGGCUGACGAGGUGGAGAAAUCCAGCAGUGGCAUGCCCAUACGGAUCGAAAACCCAAACCAAUUUGUGCCUCUCUAUACUGACCCCCAAGAAGUGCUGGACAUGCGCAACAAGAUUCGAGAACAAAACCGACAGGAUGUGAAGUCGGCAGGGCCCCAGUCCCAGCUGCUGGCCAGCGUCAUCGCAGAGAAGAGCCGAAGCCCGUCCACAGACAGCCAGCUGAUGUCCCAGGGCCAGGCGGAUGCCAAAGAUGAAUCCGAGGAGACGGCGCCCAACCCCUUCAGCCAACUCACGGACCAGGAGCUGGAGGAGUACAAGAAGGAGGUGGAGAGGAAGAAGCUAGAACUGGAGGGAGAGAAGGAGCCUGCCCCAGAGGAACCCGGCUCCCCGGUGAAGUCUGCACCUGCUUCUCCAGCUCAGAGCCCGGCCAAGUCCGAGCCGAAGAGCCCUGCGGGCUCUCCCGCCAAAUCUGUGGACGAAGAGCCUAAACUGACGGAAACAAGCAAAGCCACCACAGAACCAGAAGUGACGCAGCCGGAAGGAGUGGUGGUCAACGGGAGAGAGGACGAGCAGACGGUGGAGGACACCCUCAGCAAAGGCCUCAGCCAGAUGACCACCAAUGCUGACACGGAUGUCGAUACCUCCAAGGACAAAACCGAGUCUGUCACCAGCGGCCCCAUGUCCCCAGAGGGCUCGCCUUCCAAGUCUCCCUCAAAGAAGAAGAAGAAAUUCCGCACCCCAUCCUUCCUGAAGAAGAGCAAAAAGAAGGAGAAAGUGGAGUCCUGAUCCGCAGUCCCCUGGGGCUCCCAUUUGUGUCUCCCCUACCCCUGCCCCGCCUUCUCCCAUCUCUGACCCUGGAGGCGUGGGGCCGAGGAGGGGUCGAAUAGGCCCUGGAUCACACUCCGAUGGGGAACUUAGAGAUUGUCCCCCCCAGCCCCUCAUUGUCCCUCUGCCCCACAGAAACCAGGUGACUUUCCCAAGGUCACUCAGCUAGUUCAAGGCAGAGCUCGCACUAGAAUUCACGUCUUCUGGCUCGAGGUCCUGUGCUCCUUCCAGACACAACACUGCCUAGUCGUGGGCCACCCUCACAAGGAUGCUGCCCCUGAUCUGAGCCCAGGGCAAGGGGCCAAAGCCGGCCGCUAGCUCUCACCAACCAGGCCCCAUUCACACAGGCUGAGGCUUCCCAGAGCAAGGUCCUUGUCCUUGUGGGAACCCAGUCUCUUGCUGAUGGAGCUAUCACUAUAUUUAGAAAUCUCUCUUCUCUUUCCUGUAAGGUAAUGGCCCUGCUGCUCACAGUACCCAGACAAAUGGACCUCUCCCCUCCUCCAGAAGUUAAUCCCUGUUCCCAAGGGCUGAUGGCUUAGCUUGUGCUUCCCCAACCACUAACCCUGAGCUUUCUUCAUGGAACCUCUGGAAUGAUGGCCAGAACAGUUGUAAGAGUGGGCAGGCAUGAGGGCAGCCAGGUCAACCACAAAGCAGGGGAUGGUUUGAUCAAUAUAAGAAGCCAGGGACUUAACACAUUUGAAUUGUGCAUCUCAGGCGCUUGAAAACUAAAACCAAAUUUAGCUUAGAAAAAAACUCGUCUCAUGCUCAGGGCUGAAAUUUGGGGAAAUUUUGAUCUUCUGUUAGCUUUGGGUUGUACAAGGAGGAUCAGGACAGUGUGGAUAUGUGACGCCUUUCCAGCAUUCCUGACACUUGAGCAACACUGCUUGUCUGGUUUGCCUCCAGUCCAGUAUUAGGGGUCCCCUGACUUUCCCUCAAACCUAGAAACCCUGGCUCAUAGCCUGGAACUGGCAUCUUACCCUUGGCCCCUUGACCUUGGCUCCUCUGGGUUAUGGGUCCAGCAGAGGAGAAUGAGGUGAGCUCUUCAGUAUUAAUCCUCUUGGAUCAGCUUUCAGAGAAAGGCUUGGGUGUCCCUGGCCUUGUCACUGUCUGUCCAUCCAUCCUAGGGCCUGUAAGAGCCACAGCUGUUUUUGAAAUGCCAUCACUAUCUUUCAUACCUUUUGGUGGGACAUUGAUCUAUGAGCAUUGUUGGCUCCUAAAAAAUAGACAAUCCAUUCUCUUUUAAGCACAGUGUCUUCAAAGAAUAUUUUCCCUUUCUGUCCUGAAUAUUGUCAAAGUAUUUUUGAAAGUUCUUAAUCAUAGUUUUCCGCUUUUGAGCACUUACUACACACACACACUCACACACAUACACACACACUAUGCGGGCUUCACAUACACUAUAUCCUUUAACUCUUGAGACAGUACUGUGAUGUGGGUCAGAUUAUUCCCAUUUUAUGGGUAUGAAAACUGAGACCCCCAAAAGAUAAUUGACUUGUAUCAGUGACUUGGCUAGAAAGAUCCAGAGCCUGGAUUGAAUCCAGGUCUGUCAGAGUCAGCGCCUUUGCACUUAGCAGCUGUGAUAAUCAGAAAACUUUAAUUUCCAAGAGUGGUUGUUUUAGUCCAGGACUGUUUCGUUUCUGCAACUGGUUCUCCACUGCAUAAGUGAAGGUGGGAGACCACCCACCUUUCCCCCAUCAGUGCAAAGUAAGCUCCUGGUGACUGUCGGCUGUGGCUGGGCCAGUGUGGACUUCUGACAAAGGAGAGGCCAGAGCCUUCUGGUUGGGGCCAGGAGUACCAUCCAUAGUUGGUAAGGAUGAGGCAAAGAAACGAAACUGACACAUUACUAAAGAAAGCCCAAUACUGAGUGUCCCUAGAGCAGAUUCCUAACUGCUACCCAGACUCCUCUGUUUUACUUCUGAGUCAAAUCUUGUGAUGGACGACCCAGGUCAGAAACAUCUGUGAUGUGGGAAAUGCCUUUCAAAGCCAAUCCUUUGAUGCCUUCUUUUAAAGAAAACUAUUUCACAUCCAUCCAUUCAUCCUGAUAUUUGUUAAGGAUCCACUCAGCGGCAGGCACUAUGCUGACAUUAAAAGAAAAUAAUCGUUGUGACUAGAAUAGUCAGUGGCAGGUGGUGUUAAGAGCAAGGUAGGAUGGACACAGCCACUGGUGCAGCUUUCUGUGUUUGAGUGACUGUGGCUCAGAAAUAAUCUCGACUGACUCUUUGCUUUCAACAAAUUCUCUCUAUUCUCUUUACAACAGGGAGGCCUCAUUUAGAUGAAUGUGCCUUGCAGGAGUUUAUGCCAUGGGGCCACCUCGUAUCCAUCCAUCUGUUCCUUCUUCAUGUGUUCAAAAACCAUGCAUGAGCUUGGGUCAUGGGCCAGGCCUGAGGACUGUCUCUGCCCAGAGGAGGUCUCCGAGUCUAGGAGGAAUGUUACGGAAUAGGCAAGGGUGUGGAGGUGGCAUAAGGAGGCAUCAAUUUACUAUCUUCCAGGCCAGAGAAACCUUCCUGCAAGGAGUGAUGCUUGAGUUAGGUUUUCAGAACAAAGAGAAAUUUUCCAGGAGGACAAGAGGAUGAGCAGGACAUUGGUGAUAGUUGAAGUGCAUGUGCAAAGGCCUGGAAGUUUGGAAUGCCAGGUGCGUCCAUGGAGUGAUUCAUUGUUGCUGGGACAGACAGUGUGAGGUGGGUGGUGGGCUUCAGUUCAUGGGUGAGCAGGGUGGAUUGUAAAGAAACUGGUAGAAGGUGUGGGGGAGCUAGACUUCCUCAUGUAUAGUGUCUGGCGCCGCUGAGGGCUGUGGUCAGGGUAGAUCAAGAGCAGGUUGCAUUUUAGAAAAAUUCCUUUGGUGGCUGAGUGGAGAAUGGAGUGGAGGGCGGGGGGGACAGUGCUGGAGGAUUGGGAGGGCUCCAUGAGGAGGCCUUUCUGAAACAGGUGUGGUGAGCUGCCUUACACUGCCUUUAUCUUUAUAGCAAAUAGUGAGCUUGUAGUGCAGAAUUCAUUCCCAUGAAAUUCUCUGGAGAAGGCAUCUGAUGAGAACUUUACAGUGAGGAGAAGGGAUAGUCAAAGAGCUAAUGCUCAGUGCAGUUUUGGGUUCUGUUUCGUCUCGGGCUAGAGUUGCUAGGAGAGCCGUCGCGUCCCCCAGUCCUUUUCUCCUCCCCUCACGAGUGUAGGAAAUGCCUGGUGGGGCUCAGAGGCCGUGCUCUGAGUGCUACAGAAGCAGGCGUGGGGUCCAAACAAGACCACAGGCUCUUAGGAUGAGAAGAAGGGACAUGUUCUUUGGCUCUGAAUAAAAGUUUGGCUGAAUACUUUGA